AUUCUUGAUUUUGGGGAGUCGCCAAAUAAAAACCCACCUUACCUGUUGUCAGUGGCUCUCGUUCAACCCCCCAUUGCGGGUUCACAUGUGCUGCAGCUGCCACACAUACUCUUCUGCCCCGCCCACUGCGCUUCCAAGCAUUAUAAUAUUUGCUUUGUUCUCGCCCGGACAAAGAGGACCCAGAUUCGUUGUCAGAUAAGCCCAAAGAAUAAAGAAAGGGCCUAACAGGAACAGCAGCUCCUGCAUUUCGCAGUUGGAGCCCCUGUUAGAACCGGCUUCCUGCGUGGUCGAGAGGACUCGAGCUCAAGCUCCAAGCAGGUGAGCAGUUUAUUGAGGCCAGAACACCAUCAUGGCACCGAGGGCACUGGACUACGAGUCACUGAAUGAGAAUGUGAAGAAAGUUCAGUAUGCUGUUAGGGGCGAGCUGUAUCUUCGUGCUUCAGAACUUCAGAAGGAAGGGAAGAAGAUCAUAUUUACAAAUGUUGGCAACCCCCAAGCUCUAGGACAGAAACCAUUGACUUUUCCUCGUCAGGUGGUUGCAUUGUGCCAAGCUCCAUUUCUGUUGGAUGACCCAAAUGUAGGAUUGCUUUUCCCUGCAGAUGCAAUUGCAAGAGCCAAGCAUUAUCUCUCACUUACCACUGGUGGCUUAGGUGCUUAUAGUGAUUCACGUGGUCUUCCGGGUGUCAGGAAAGAAGUGGCAGAGUUCAUUGGAAGGCGUGAUGGGCACCCAAGUGACCCAGAGCUCAUCUUUCUCACAGAUGGUGCAAGCAAAGGUGUCAUGCAAAUCUUAAAUACUAUUAUCCGUGGUGAAGGAGAUGGGAUUCUAGUGCCAGUCCCACAAUACCCCCUCUAUUCAGCUGCAAUAGCUUUGUUCGGUGGUUCUCUUGUCCCAUAUUAUCUGGAGGAGACAGCAAAUUGGGGUCUUGAUAUAAAUGAUCUUCGGCAAUCAGUUUCACGGGCCCGUGCGAAUGGAAUUACAGUGCGAGCCAUGGUGAUUAUAAACCCUGGCAACCCUACAGGCCAGUGUCUCAGUCAAGCUAAUUUGAAAGAAAUUCUCUACUUCUGUUAUCAAGAGAACUUAGUCUUGCUUGGCGACGAGGUUUAUCAACAGAAUAUCUACCAGGAUGAGCGUCCUUUUAUCAGUGCUAGGAAGGUUUUGUUGGGUAUGGGACCGCCUAUUAGCAGGGAACUACAGCUCGUUUCUUUCCACACUGUUUCAAAGGGAUACUGGGGUGAAUGUGGACAGAGAGGUGGAUACUUUGAGAUGACUAAUAUACCUCCCAAGAGUGUUGAUGAAAUCUACAAAGUUGCAUCAAUAUCACUUAGUCCUAAUGUGCCUGCCCAGAUUUUUAUGGGAUUGAUGGUUAACCCUCUUAAACCUGGAGACAUAUCAUAUGACCAGUUUGUUCUUGAAAGCAAAGGGAUCCUUGAAUCACUGAGGCGACGAGCAAGGAUAAUGACUGAUGGGUUCAACAGCUGCCGAAAUGUAGUUUGCAACUUCACGGAAGGUGCCAUGUAUUCAUUCCCACAAAUUCGUUUGCCACCGAGAGCCAUACAGGCUGCUAAACAAGCUGGAAAAGUCCCCGAUGUUUUCUACUGUCUCAAGCUACUGGAAGCGACCGGCAUUUCCACUGUCCCAGGUUCAGGAUUCGGGCAGAAAGAAGGGGUCUUCCAUUUGAGGACGACCAUCUUGCCUGCUGAGGAGGAAAUGCCAGAGAUCAUGGCAAGUUUCAAGAAGUUCAACGACGAGUUCAUGGAGCAAUAUGAAGACCAUCGGGGUUAUUCCAGGAUGUAACAGGAUGAUGCUGUAGCUCUCCAACAAUCUGUAAUAUAAUCUCCUCCAAUGGUACGAAGACGGAACAGAAACCUCCUUGGAUUCUCGUGAUCUAUUUCGUCCUGCGAAUGCAUUGUUAUUGAAUACUUCCCUGUACUUCUGAUUUAUCGUUCGUUCGCGGCAGAUGUGUCUAUAAUGUUCUCUUUCUGACCA